CGCUCACAUACCCCACAUGGCGCAAUUGCGCCAACGCUCCGGGCGAGCGGAGCACGAGGUCCCGCGCCGGGACGCUCUCGACGCCGCGACGAUGAAACUUCCCGAAAAUCAAUCAUACGCCCGCGCUCGUCGGCGCUCGGUCGAAAGCACAUCAACCGGAUCGCGCGCAGGCGUUCAAGGCCACGGCUACAUGACCGAGCCGCCCUCGCGCCAGUACGAGGCGUACAAGGCGAACGGUUGGCCGAACCAAGUGGCCGAGUACGAUCCGCAUGGCGUCGCUGCCGGAGGCAUGUAUGCCGACUGCGACGGCUGCCGGUCGCGCGACUGGUUCGGCCCGAACCCGUGGUCGGAGCCCGGUACGGCGAAGCAUUUGGACUUCAUUAUGGGUGGGACCGGCGGCAACAUCCUCGGCGUCUGCGGCGCCUCGCCGUCGCGGGACAACGACUACAACACGCCUCUGGAUGGGCACUGGGGCAUGAGCGCCAAGACCACCUACAAAGCCGGCGACGUGAUUGACGUAUCCUGGUGCGUGUCCGCAGACCACGGUGGCAUCCCACAGUUCCGCUUAUGCGAUGACGAAGGCCUCGUGUCAGCUGUGACGACGCCCGACAAGCCGCCGAGCCUCGCGGACCUCGAGGCGCUCGAGCAGUGCUUCCAACGCGGUCUUCUGCGGUGCGACGACGUCCCCGGUCAGGACUGCUCCCAGGUCGAGGUCUGCGACACCUACGCUAAAGACUGGGGCGCCUGCUCCGAUCCCGGCCAAUUCCUGCACUGCCGGGACGAGAAAUCGACCGAGGGCAAGUACUGGGCGUGCGUCAACACGCAGGAGACGUGCGACCACGGGUUCAUGGCCCGCUACAAGCUCAAGAUCCCCGAGUCCUUCCCGGCCUCGCAGCACACCAUUCUCUCGUACCGGUGGGACACGUACGAGAACAACGAGGUCUUCGUCGGGUGCGCCGACGUCGCGAUCACGCCGGACGGCGACGCGGCGCCCGUGACGCCUAGGCCGACGCCGCGGCCCACGAAGGGCGACGUCGCCACGCCCAAGCCGACGCCGCGCCCGACGAUCAAAGACGAGGUGCCCGCCACGCCCCGCCCGACCUCCAAGCCGACGGCCGCCUCCGGUGGUGAAGACGACGACGCCGACGCCUACUGCUGCCAGAACGACGGCAAGUCGUGUGACGGGUGCUCGUGGAUCGCGCCGCCAGGCAACUACUGCGCCCAGAGCGAGAGCAACUGCGGUAACUGCGGCGAGCAGUUCGCCUGGUGCGGCGAUGGUGCCGUGACGGACGACGAGCCCGCGCCGGCGACGCCCCGGCCGACCGUCAAGCCCACGGCCGCGGCGCCUCAGACGCCCCGGCCGACGCCCAGACCCCAAGCCAACAACGAUGACGGCUCGUCUGGCGGCGAGGGCUACUGCUGCUUCUGGCCCGAGGGCCCCGGUGGCUGCGGCCAGUGCACGUCGCCGGCGGGCCCCGAGAACUGGUGCGCCAAGGGCCGCAAGGAGCAGUGUCUCGUGCAUCGCGUCGAUGGCGUGUAUCGCGUGAACCUUAUAUUCCACACAGGCAAAGAGUGCGUCGAGGACUGCGGCCACACGUGGUGCGACGGCGGCUCGCCCGUGACCGACGACGGCGACACUGAUGACCGUGCGACGUGCGACCUUCCCGAGGCCGGCGCGCCGGUGGACGCCAGUGGCUUCGUAGAGAAGCACGGCAAGCUCCGCCUCGACGGCGUCCAGCUCGUCGAUGAAAACGGCGCCCCGGUGCAGCUCCUGGGCAUGUCGAGUCACGGCCUCCACUGGUUCCCCGACUGCUACACCUUCGAGGCGGUCGAACACCUGGUCAAAACCUGGGGCACUACUGUUUUCCGGGCGGCGAUGUACGUCGGCGAGGGCGGCUACGCGUCGGACCCGUCGGUCAAGCAGAAGGUCAAGGACAUCGUCGCGUGGACGAAGCAGCUCGGCAUCUACUGCAUCAUCGACUGGCACGUCCUCACGCCGGGCGACCCCAACGCUAACACCUACUCGGGCGCCGUCGACUUCUGGACCGAGAUGGCGACGCUCUACAAGGACGAAGACCACGUUAUCUACGAGAUCGCGAACGAGCCGAACGGCGUGGCCUGGUCUCGCGUGAAAGAGUACCACAAUCGUAUUAUUGGGGCGAUCCGAGCCAUCGACGCGGAAUCGAUCAUCAUCGCGGGCACGACGACGUGGUCCCAGGACAUUCAUCUCGCUGCGGACGAGCCAGUCGCCGAGUCGUACAACGUCAUGUACGCGUUCCACUUCUACGCCUGUUCCCACGGCUCGCUGCUGCAGCGCGUCAAGGACUACCGAACGAAGAUACCUAUCUUCGUCUCAGAGUGGGGCACGUCGUCGUAUAGCGGCGACGGAGGGGUGUGCGCGUGUGAGGCCAAGGAGUUCCUCGACGUGUUCUCGGACAAGGACGGCUCGGGCGGCGGCAUCAAGCUGUCGAUGGCGCAGUGGUCCUGGGCCGACAAGAGCGAGUCCUCCGCCGCGCUCGCGCCGGGCGCGUGCCGCAGCGACUGGGACUCGCUCUCGGAGUCGGGCGAGUUCCUUCGGGCCUACGUCCGCGACGCGACGCGUGCCUGAAACGGCGCGUGACCGCUUCCUCUUCUCCCGGUCCCUCCUCUUCCCUUCCCGCGUGUUCCUCUUCCCCAAGUCAUGAUGUUGUGUCAGCGCUUGCGCUGUCCUGUCUAUGUCUCUUCUACGUAAAAACGCUUUUCUCA